GGAACGAGACGCCGCAGCCCGGCGGCGCGGCGCCGGGACGGGGGACGCGCGCGGGAGACGGGAGCGGCGCGGGGCACGGCUUGUCAGCCGGGGACGGGCGACUUUCCGCGCUAGGGGGCUCUCCCCUCCCCCAUGGAGAAGAGGGGGCGACUGUUGACUUCCUUCUCCGUGACACGCGCGCCUCCCGCGUCCGCACGCCGACUUGUUUAUCUGGCUGCGGUGGGAGCCGCGGACGGGCGGGCGAGCGAGCGAGCGCGCGGGUGCCGAGUUAAUAUUUGCCAAUGGACUCCAAAGAAUCCUUAGCUCCCCCUGGUAGAGAAGUCCCCAGCAAUUUGCUUGUCCCUGAGAGGGGAAACUUGAUGGACUUUCAUAAAAGCCUGAGGGGAGGAGCUACCGUGAAGCUCCCUGCAUCUUCAUCCUCACUGGCUGCUGUUUCUCAGACAGAUUCCAAGCAGCAGAGGCUUCUCCUUGAUUUUCCAAAAGGCUCAACAAACAAUGCACAGCAGCCAGAUUUGUCCAAAGCUGUGUCACUUUCCAUGGGACUGUAUAUGGGAGAGACAGAAACAAAAGUGAUGGGAAAUGACUUGGGAUACCCACAGCAGGGCCAAGUUAGCCUUUCCUCUGGGGAGACAGACUUUCGGCUUCUGGAAGAAAGUAUUGAAAACCUCAACAGGUCAACCAGUGUUCCAGAGAACCCCAAGAGUUCAGCAUCUGCUGCUGGGUGUGCUACCCCUACAGAGAAGGAGUUUCCCAAAACUCACUCAGAUGCAUCUUCAGAACAGCAAAGUCUAAAAGGCCAGACUGGCACCAACGGUGGCAAUGUGAAAUUGUAUACCACAGACCAAAGCACCUUUGACAUCUUGCAGGAUUUGGAGUUUUCUGCUGGGUCCCCAGGUAAAGAGACAAAUGCAAGUCCUUGGAGGUCAGACCUGUUGAUAGAUGAAAACCUGUUGUCUCCUUUGGCAGGAGAUGAGGAUCCAUUCCUUUUGGAAGGGGAUGCAAAUGAGGACUGUAAGCCUUUUAUUUUACAGGACACUAAACCUAAAAUUAAGGAUACUGGAGAUCCCAUCUUACCAAGCCCCAGCAGUGUGACGAUGCCCCAGGUGAAAACAGAAAAAGACGAUUUCAUUGAACUUUGCACCCCCGGGGUAAUUAAGCAAGAGAAACUGGGCCCAGUUUAUUGUCAGGCAGGCUUUUCUGGGACGAAUAUAAUUGGUAAUAAAAUGUCUGCCAUCUCUGUUCAUGGUGUGAGUACCUCUGGAGGACAGAUGUACCACUAUGACAUGAACGCAGCGGCCCUUUCCGAAGAACAGGAUCAGAAGCCUGUUUUUAAUGUCAUUCCACCAAUUCCUGUUGGUUCUGAAAACUGGAAUAGGUGCCAAGGGUCUGGAGAGGAUAACCUGGCUUCCUUGGGGACUAUGAACUUCCCAGGCCGAUCGGUGUUUUCGAAUGGCUAUUCCAGCCCUGGAAUGAGACCAGAUGUAAGCUCUCCUCCAUCUAGCUCCUCAACCACAACAGGACCACCUCCCAAACUCUGCCUGGUGUGCUCCGAUGAAGCUUCAGGAUGUCAUUAUGGGGUGUUAACAUGUGGGAGCUGUAAAGUAUUCUUCAAAAGAGCAGUGGAAGGUAGACAGCACAAUUAUCUUUGUGCUGGAAGAAAUGACUGUAUCAUUGAUAAAAUUAGAAGAAAAAACUGCCCAGCAUGCCGCUAUCGAAAAUGUCUUCAAGCUGGAAUGAAUCUCGAAGCUCGAAAAACAAAGAAAAAGAUAAAAGGGAUUCAGCAAGCCACUACAGGAGUCUCACAAGACACUUCUGAAAAUCCUAACAAAACAAUAGUUCCUGCAACAUUACCACAACUUACCCCUACCCUGGUAUCACUGCUGGAGGUCAUUGAACCUGAGGUGUUAUAUGCAGGAUAUGACAGCUCUAUUCCAGACUCAGCUUGGAGAAUCAUGACCACACUCAACAUGUUAGGUGGGCGCCAGGUGAUUGCAGCAGUGAAAUGGGCAAAGGCAAUACCAGGAUUCAGGAACUUACACUUGGAUGACCAAAUGACUCUCCUGCAGUACUCAUGGAUGUUUCUCAUGGCAUUUGCCCUGGGUUGGAGAUCAUACAGACAAGCAAGUGCAAACCUGCUGUGUUUUGCUCCUGAUCUGAUUAUUAAUGAGCAGAGAAUGGCUCUUCCUUGCAUGUAUGACCAAUGUAAACACAUGCUGUUUAUCUCCUCUGAGUUACAAAGAUUGCAGGUAUCCUAUGAAGAGUAUCUCUGUAUGAAAACCUUACUGCUUCUCUCUUCAGUUCCUAAGGAAGGUCUGAAGAGCCAAGAGUUAUUUGAUGAGAUUCGAAUGACCUAUAUCAAAGAACUAGGAAAAGCCAUUGUCAAAAGGGAAGGAAACUCCAGUCAGAACUGGCAGCGGUUUUAUCAACUGACAAAACUGUUGGACUCCAUGCAUGAUGUGGUUGAAAACCUCCUUUCCUACUGCUUCCAAACAUUUUUGGAUAAGACCAUGAGUAUUGAAUUCCCAGAGAUGUUAGCUGAAAUCAUCACUAAUCAGAUACCAAAAUAUUCAAAUGGAAAUAUCAAAAAGCUUCUGUUUCAUCAAAAAUGACUGCCUUACUAAGAAAGGUUGCCUUAAAGAAAGUUGCAUUUAUAGCUUUUACUGUACAAACUUAUCAAUUUGUCUUGUAGAUGUUUCCUUGUUCUUUUUGUUUUUGUCUUGUUUUGUUUUAAAUACGCACUACAUGUGGUUUAUAGAGGGCCAAGACUUGGCAGUUGAGUCAUCACUUUUAAGUGAUGGGGAAGCAGACAGUGAAGUGUAUUGGUUGGCUGUCACAGAAACUGAAAAGUUACAGGCAGGUAUCUCCACUAUCGGUGAAGGACUGCACCCAAACCACCAGUGCCCAAAGUCCCUGUAAUCAGCUUUCUGCUCAUAUUUUCAGUUGGCUGGAUAAAACUUCUAGACUUUCUGUUGGUGUAUUUUCCCAUGUAGAGUUAGGAUAGCAUUUUUGAUUUAUGCAUGGAAACCUGAAAAAAGUUUACAAGUGUAUAUCAGAAAAGGGAAGUUGUGCCUUUUAUAGCAAUUACUGUCUGGUUUUAACAAUUUCCUUUAUAUUCAGUGAA